UCUAAGUGAGCAACAGUUUGACAGCCACUGUUUUCAUUAAACUGUGUAAUAUUGAGAGUAAUUUAACCGGUUUAAAUUUCAUUUAAUACGGCGAAUGCAAUUUCGGAAUAGCAUUCAGCAUAUAAUCGCAGUAAUGCUACAAAAUCCAUUAAUGAUUUCGUGAUACAGUGCUUUAUUAUGCUUCAGUAUUUAAGAAUCUCAGUUAUUUCUCUGAUUUUGUCUAUAAAUCUCAGGCAGGCAUGCAACUUAGUUGGCACUUCAAUUCAGCCCACUGUCCUGGUGCAUGGCGGCUCGGGCAAUAUAGCCGAUAUCAAGCUACCCAAAAUUCGAUUAGGCGUCAAAAGAGCAGCUCGCAUUGGCCACGAUGUGCUGCAGAGGUCGGGCAGUGUUUUAGAUGCCGUGGAGCAGGCGGUCAAUUCUUUAGAAGAAGACAGCAAUUUCAAUGCCGGCUAUGGCUCCGCACUUACCUAUGAGAGUCAAGUGGAAAUGGAUGCUGCCAUCAUGCAUGGCGCACAACUGGAGGCAGGCUGCGUUUCCCUAGUGCGAGACAUUAUCCAUCCCAUUACGCUGGCCAGACGCAUCAUGGAAAAUACGCGACAUCGAUAUUUGGCAGGCGAAGGCGCCAUGCGCAUAGCUGCAGCCGAAGUCUUCGACAUACUGCCCAAGGGUGCAUUGGUUACAACAUCCUCGCUUGAAUCCCUGGCCAAGUUCAAGGAAAUCUUGAAUAAAACGGGCGGAAGCAACUCAUAUGGUUCGCCGGGUACUGUUGGCGCUGUGGCGGUUGAUGCCUGUGGUAAUGUGGCUGCAGCUACCUCAACAGGCGGCAUCACAGGUAAACUGCCAGGUCGUAUCGGUGACUCUCCGGUACUGGGCGCUGGAACCUAUGCAGACAACGAGUCGGGUGCUGUGUCUGCCACGGGACAUGGCGAGUCUAUAAUGCGCUUCAAUGUUGUGUCCCGUGUGCUGGCAUUAGUCCACCACAGUAAUUGUACAAUUCAACAGGCUGCAGCGCAAGUGCUGGGAGAGAUGACGAAACGUUUCAAUGAAACUGCUGGCAUCAUAGCCAUAGAUCAUCGCGGUCAACUGGGCAUAUACUUCACAUCACAACGAAUGUCCUGGGCAUAUCAGCGUGGCGCAGAAUUACAUUGCGGUGUCGAUCCUGACGAAGAUGAGUUCGAAAUUGUGAUAUAGUAAUUGGACAAUAGUAAUGGCAAU